AUGGCCCCGCAGGGCGACCGCGCCGCGGGCGAAGCGCAGCCCUACUUCGGCGGCGCGGACGAGGCCACCUCCGCGGCCGCCGGAGGGUCGCCGGGCGCGGGCAGCGGCGGCGGCUCGCCGGCCCCGCGGGAGGCGGCGCGCAGGAAGGGCAAGGCGCGGCGGGGCCGCGGCCAGGCGCGCAGCGAGGGGCUGCUCAGCAAGCAGAAGAGGAGCCGGCGCAUGAAGGCCAACGACCGGGAGCGCAACCGCAUGCACCACCUCAACUCGGCGCUGGACGCGCUGCGCAGCGUGCUGCCCACCUUCCCCGACGACGCCAAGCUCACCAAGAUCGAGACGCUGCGCUUCGCCCACAACUACAUCUGGGCGCUCACGCAGAGCCUGCGCCUGGCCGAGCAGGGCCUGCCCGAGCCCCCGCCGCCGCCCGCCGCCGCCUCCCCCGGGCCCUGGGGCUCCCCCCGCGCCGCCGCGCCGCCCGCGCCGCCCGCCGCCUUCCCCGCCCUGCUCUGAGCCCGCUCCGCCGCCCGGGGAGGCGGCGGGGAGGGGGGACGCCCCACUCGCCCCCCACCCCCGCGCACUUUGCGCCGGAGCCCCUGGCCGGGGGGGGGGAGGGGGGGCGAUGCGCCCCGCCGCCCCGUCGCGCGUGGCUGCAGCGCAGCGGCAGCUGCCAGGCAGAAACAAAUCACGGUUUUGUACUCGGAAACGGUAAAUUAUAUUAAUUUGUCGCUAUCGGUAUUUAUUGACCAUAUUUCGUAACAGAUAUAUAUAUUUGUAUAUAAGAGUAUUUGCGGCGGCGGCGGUCGGGGUGGCCGUGCCGGGGAGGGGGCCGCGGGGGUCUCUCUGUUUGCGGCCGCGGAGAAUAAAGUGCGUCGCCGCCA